AUGGCGCAAUCUAUACCAAAAGACCAAGCAUUUAUUACUGCCUCAAUUCUUCGAGAGCUUGGUUUCUCUCCACCAACAUGGACUCAGUACCUAGUAAGACUCUCUCCUCCACUAUGUCUACGCAAUACUGACAGCCCUGAUGGCUCUCUAUGCUAUCCUACAACGAUUGAUGGCAACAGCGGUACAUCUACUCUAAAGUUGAUAGUAUUCGGUGCCAAUGGCGGAAUCGAAGCCAGAGAGGCCAAGCAAUAUGCAGAGAACAUACCAACUGAAGAGGGCAAAGAAGGUGCAGAGAGCGUGACUACAAUUAACGAAGAACCUGAUAUGGAGGCCAGUCAGGACACAGAUAACAUACCAACUUGCCACGAUACUCAAGAGAAUUUUCAGUUCGCAGAGGGCGAACAGAAGGCAGAGAGCGUGACAGUAAUUGACAGCGAACCCCAACCUGGUUUAAUGGAGGCCGAUCAGAAAGCAGCAACGAUCUGUCUCAAGGUCCAAGACAGACCUGAAGACAAAAUAAUGGCUUGGGUGCAGGGUGUGAGGGAUGCCACCAAUACUUUAUUAGAUAAGCCAUAUGAAAAUUAG